AUGCAGGCUCCUGUAGUGGUUAUGAACACCGGCGGCCCGGCCGAGAGGCAGACUGGUCGCAAGGCCCAGCUGUCCAACAUCACGGCAGCGAAAAUUGUCGCCGACAUCAUUCGCUCCUGCCUUGGCCCCAAAGCCAUGUUGAAGAUGCUCCUCGAUCCCAUGGGCGGUAUAGUUCUGACCAACGACGGCCACGCCAUCCUACGAGAGAUUGAGGUGUCCCACCCCGCCGCGAAGAGCAUGAUCGAGCUUAGCAGAACCCAAGACGAGGAGGUCGGUGACGGCACGACGACAGUUAUCAUCCUUGGCCUUCAAAAGGCGCUAGCGGAUGCCCUUGACAUCGUCGACGACAUCUCCGUCUCCAUCGAUAUCAACAAUGACAAGGCCAUGUACGGCCUCAUCAGCUCUUCUAUCGGCACCAAGUUCGUCUCGAGGUGGUCCAAGCUCAUGUGCAGCCUUGCCCUGACCGCUGUGAGGACUGUGACGUGGGAGGUAGGCAACGGGAAGAAGGAGGUGGAUAUCAAGCGAUAUGCCCGCAUAGAAAAGGUUCCCGGCGGCGAGAUUGAGGACAGCAGGGUGCUCGACGGAGUGAUGAUCAACAAGGACAUUACCCACCCCAAGAUGCGAAGGAGGAUAGAAAACCCCAGGAUUGUGCUCCUCGACUGCCCCCUCGAGUACAAGAAGGGCGAGUCCCAGACAAACAUCGAGAUCUCCAAGGAAGAAGACUGGAACCGUAUCCUGCAGAUUGAGGAGGAACAGGUCAAGUCCAUGUGCGACGCCAUCAUUGCGCUGAAGCCCGACCUUGUCAUCACCGAGAAAGGUGUAUCAGACUUGGCUCAGCACUACCUGGUCAAGGCCGACAUAACCGCCCUGCGUCGUGUUCGAAAGACGGACAACAACCGUAUCGCCCGUGCUACCGGAGCGACGAUUGUCAACCGUGUCGACGAUCUCCAGGAAUCCGACGUUGGUACCGGAUGCGGCCUAUUUGAGAUUGAGAAGAUUGGCGACGAGUACUUCACUUUCCUCACCAAGUGCGAGGACCCCAAGGCGUGCACGAUUCUCCUACGCGGCCCCUCCAAGGAUGUUCUCAACGAAAUCGAGCGUAACCUCCACGAUGCCAUGGGCGUCGCCAGGAACGUCAUGUUCCACCCUAGCCUCGCCCCUGGCGGUGGCGCUACGGAGAUGGCUGUCGCUGUGAGGCUUCGAGAGCUCGCCAAGGGCAUCGAGGGCGUCCAGCAGUGGCCGUACAGGGCCGUAGCAGAGGCCCUUGAGGUUAUUCCCCGCACGCUCAUCCAGAACGCCGGCAAAAGCCCGGUGCGAGUUCUCACCGAUCUCCGGGCUAAGCAUGCCGAGGGCCACCACUCAUGGGGCAUCAACGGCGACUCUGGUACCAUUGCGGAUAUGCAAGAGUAUGGUGUCUGGGAGCCGGAAGCUAUCAAGUUGCAGAGCUUGAAGACGGCUAUCGAGGCUGCCUGCCUCUUACUGCGUGUUGAUGACAUCUGCAGUGCCAAGAAGGGUCACGGGGGUGCGCCAGGCGGAGGUGGCGACGACUAA